GUCUUAUAAGAGACAUAAACGGUUAGAAUAUGGAACAUUAUGGCAUUAAUAUAUGUAUAUUGAAAAAUAUAAUCUUAUAAUAUUUAACAAUUAUUUCCGGUCAAAAUAUUGUGAUUGCGUAUAUCGAUAUCGUUCAAGAUUUAUUUCAUUAACGACUAAUUCCAAGAAUAAUUGUAAACAUAACCUAAUAAGAAAGUUUUGAAUUUUGCUACGACAACGUCAUGCAUUCGACAAUUUGAGUAAAUGAGUAUGUUUUAAAAUGUUAUGAACGUGAAUAUCUUGGAAACUUGAUCUAAUUACGAACAAUGGGGGAAUUAAAUGUGUGUUUUCAAAUAGACACCGACAAUCGUGAAAAUUUUCCAUCCGCAGUUGCUUUUCGAACUUUCAAAAAUCAAAGAGAUUCGUUUUAUGAAAUAUUUCGAAUAUGGGAAGAGAACCAUACGAGGCCAGGAUGGAUAUUUCAGAUAGCUUUGGGAAGUAAGAUACAAAGUAUGUUGACAUUGCAUAACGAUGCUGUAAAUUACUAUCAUUUUGCAAGAUUAUUUAAGUCUCAACUUUUAAUUUCCUGCAUACAAAAUAGACAACAGGUAGAAGUGGAAGAUGACGAAAGUAUAAGUUUCUUAAAAGCUUUGAAACAUAUAAAUCCAAAAAAGUUAAAUCAGCUUCAGAAGCGAUUGGUAACUCCACAGCCGUCCAAAAAUCAAAUUAUGGGACCAUCUUUUCCAGGAGUGCAAGAAUUUUUUAAAGAUUUUAUACUGUUUGCUUUUAAUCCAAUUUUUUACGUACAUUUAGAAAAUUGUUUGGUUCAUGAAAUAAUGGAAUUGAACGAUACUCAAUUUAAUGGCAGUGAAAUAGAAGAUUCAGAAGCAACAGCUGAUGAGCAAACACAACAAAAUUUUACUACCUGUUUAUUUAGUUUGCGCCUUCUUGCAAAAGUAUUAGGUCUUGUUGUAUCUUUGCCAUAUAGGUCAGAUUCAAAUAAUUUUAAAGAGUUAAUAACAACUCAAGUGGAAGUAAGAAGUAAAGUUUUACCAGUAAUAAAUUUACAUCUUUGCUUGCAUAAUGCAAUAGCAUUAGGAAAAUUAUCAUUGACUGUACCUUGGACAGCAAAAUAUUUGGCUAUGAUGGAUAUUGUAUCUCUUCGGUUACCGCAUUAUACGCAAAUCUUGGAGCUUUUAUAUUAUAUUUAUAAAGCCGUAAAUCAUUCUGAUUUUACGGCGCCUGACAGUCCUAUCUCUCGACAAACGGCAAUUCUUUUGAAACGUACUUUGGGUUGGUUAUUUGAAUUGCCAAAUUUCCCAAAAGAUUUGUAUCCCACUUGGCAAAAGACGUAUAAAGUUAAAGAAUUGCAAAGUCUUCAACAGCUUGACAAACUUUAUGUGCAAAAGAAUGCUUUAUUAGGAGAAUCUGUGGUGCCGGUUACAUCCACCAAAUAUAAUUUGGACAAAUUAGAUAUCAUUAAUGAAAGAACGUUGCGUAUAUGCUGCCCUGUGGUCGAAGUAACCGUUGCCGUAACAAAUUCCAAUGAGAAAGUGAAUCACUACUGUUCGAAUAAACAUAUUACACCUGUUUCUAGUCAGCUUCAUAAGUCUGCCAGAAGCGCAGGUGUAAAGCAUUUAGAGUUGCAAUUAGAGGAAGCAUUUUUUCACGGACAACCGGCAUCUACACGAAAAACUGUUGACUUUGUGGCCGAACGAGUCGCCUCGACUUGUGUUAAGCAUAUAUGUAACACAUUGCUAAUGUCCUCUAGAGAAACGAAUUUGAAUAAUUUUCGAAAAGUUUUGAAAAAGAAGCAAAGCGAAAGGCAAUCGGAAAAAUUAGAAGAACCAUUGCUUAACGAUAUUACAGAUUUCGAGAUAUCUCUAGCAAGUGAUAUGAAUACCUUUGCUACAAAUAUGUCUAAAGAAUUGAAGGACAAAUGCGAAAUGCUUAUACCGACAAUUUGCGAAACACGCGUAGCUAAUUCUAUAGAAUCUCUUUUGGCGGAAGAUUCAUUGGCAUCCGUGAAGGAUAUGUGUAUUAAAAUUGCAACAAGAUUGGCUACAGAACGAAUACAUCAGUGGAUACAGUCCCACAUAAUGGGUGGCUCGUUGUUUAGAAAAGACAUGGAACUCGAGUUAAAUAGAUUUUUAAAGAAUAACGUACCAUUGCAUUCUGUCCAAGAAAAGAAGCAUAAUCCGAAUGCUAUCAGUCCAACAACCAUUACGGACUAUUUGAGAGAAUUCAUGUGGAAUAUACUUGACAAUGCUGGAGCCUCUUUAACGAUAACAUCGGUGUCGACCAUAUUGGAUAAUUUGUAUCAAACUUUGAACGAAAGAGCCGAUCUUGUGGUAGGCCCCGAGAAAGUUUUGUAUUCUCUUAGUAUGGAUUUUGCUUUAUUUCUAGUCGCUUAUCGAAGCGAUCUCCUCACGUCGAACAUUCAAGAAAAGUUUAUAAAGAUAUGGGCGAUGGAUCGUUGGAAAGUUUUGGAAUUGGAUUCUCCUGUACAUAGAAUAUUCAGUCCUAGAAAUAUCAUGCUGUUAGCUCAACCAGAUAAGGAGGAGGUAUGGUCGUUUCUUGGAAAAUUUAUUAAAAAAUUAAUUGCAAAGGACAUUUUAGAUAUCGACAGUCUUAGCGAUCAAUGUGUUGCUUUACUUAGGCAAGAUUGGCCCGUGUCGAUAUUGAAGCAUCUAUCAGGGUGUUUAACGGAAGCUAUAAGAGAUUUUAGAGCAUCGGACGAAACAACAGAGAAAGUGAAAUAUCUACUUGGAUGGAUAGCGGAGACGUAUCACGAGAUGGAAUUUUCCAACGAUUAUAGUCCCGUGGACUGAUCAUCCAUCCAACAGCUGUAUCUUCCUCAAGGAUUAGCAUAUUGUAUAAAUUAUACAAUUUUUAUGUUAGACAUGUAAAUUGCUGUAAAUUAAUUAGUUUAAUGACAAAGGAGGCGUGUAUUCGAUGCACUAACUUCGAAAAUUGUUAUUACAAUACGUAGUUGUAAAUUGACAUAACAAAUUUAAAUUUAUUUUAAAUUGUCUAACAGACGCCAAAUUAUACAUUUCUAAGCAUCAAAUAUUUGACGGGUUUUUUUAGUAGCAUUGUGUACGAAUUGUAUCGAGAAAAUGUUAAAUAUUUGCUCAUUUAUUGUAUGUAUAAGUCUGCACAGAUUUAAAGUUCAACUAACUUUUUAGAUUUAACAUUACUUGUAUAUUUACAGUUGACUGUUGCGUUUUAUUCCAUCGAAUACAUAUUUUAUAGUUA